AUGGGUGACUGCUCUAUUGUAAGUGUCGUCCUCCUGUUCCCUCCAGUGGGUCCCCUCCCCUCCCCUCCCCAUUCACUGGUCUUCGGUCUCUACCCUUCCUUAGCCACGUCCGUUUCAGCACACGUUACACACAAGAGGCCAAGCUACUCCCCUCCUGACGACGCAAGGGGUGGGCUGCCUCAGUUCGCGCUGUGCCAUGCCCCCAGCGCUGUGGUGUCUACUGGAGUGCGGCGCUGCGGCGGCGGCGUUGCCACAGGAGGUUCUUGCGCCUGA